CUGUCAGCUGUUCGCCGCUGUUCGCUUGAUUGAGAAACGCCUGAAGUUAAUUAUCCACUCGGAAGACAAAGAAAGAAUGAGAGCCAGCUCAAGGCACAGAGCAUCCGCAGUGUGCGACGACAGUCGAGGGAGCCAGGUAUCGGAACCGCAUCCCAUCUACUUUCGACAUGGACGACCACCUGCCGGUUCCCCGAGUUUGGAAGGCGGGAUCCCACACUUCUACAUGUUCCGCCUCUCGCACGUGGGUCUCUGUGCUGGCAUCAUCCUCCUCGCCACCUUCGCCCUCCUGCUCGUGUGCGCCAUCUUGUUUCCUGUGCUUCUCAACCCAACCCACCCCCAGGUACGAAUUCGAGGAAGAAAAGUUACCGGACGCGGUGGCCAAGAGGACGAGUUCGCGGACGCCACCCGCAUCGCCACCAGCGCCGGCUCCACCACCAGCAGCGUUCCGCCAGAAUGUGUGGAAAAGCCGUGCCUGCCCGAGUCUUUGUACUUCAAGGCCAAGCCUCAGGGACUGUUCAGCUGGCAGGUGCCGCCAUGCAGCGAUUUCUACAGCUUCGUGUGCACCGAAGACCUGCUGAACCGGACGCACCCACAGUGGCUGCCUUACAAGCAUGCCAGCGUCAGCUACCUGUACCGCUCGGCCUUGCGCUACAUCCAAGAAGAUGCCAAGAACAUCCGGACCAUGGACACCGCUCUUGCGGAAGUGACUACCUUCGUGCACAACUGCUCCUCCACCCAGACGGCUGCCCGCACCCGUGAGUCGUUCCUGUUCGCGCUGGAGACCCUGGGCCUCGGCGGCUUUCCCUUCACUCACGAGCACGGCAACCGGUCCUGGAGGCUGGACGAGGUGGUCGCACUCUCGCUUAGGCACCUGGACGUUGCGCCCUUCUUACACGUCCAGCUUCCCGACGCCCACGCGGAGUACCAGGAAGUUCUGCUGACAAGGCACAGCCCAUUCGUGCCCCGUCUAGAGUUGUACGAAUCGAGCAAGCAGCUGGACCGUCUCAUCAGCACCUGGUGGACGCUGAGGACUCUGAUGCCUUCGCUCAGGCAGCAGACAAUGACUGACGUGGAGGCCACCCUCAGCAUCUUCAAGGACAUCGGGAGGGCGUCUGCCAGCACUGAAGUUGUCACAAGGCAGCCCGUGCGCGCUGUUGUGAAACAUCUACCGCCCAUACAUCACUGGGACUGGGAGAUUUUUCUCCACACCGUUAUGAGAGGGGCCCGCAUCUUCGACCAGAACUCGACGGUGAUGGUAGAAAACAUGCGCUACCUGCGGGAAAUGGCUGUGCUCAUUGGCCAGUACGAACCGUGGCACGUGCUCAACUUCAUGGCGCUGUGCGUGGCCGACGAGCUGAGCGUGUUCUUCCCGGAGCGCCACGCGCGGUCGACCAACACUGCGCGGUUGCCGUACCGCGACCGAAGCCUUCCGACGAAGCCCCAGCUGUGCCUGCGCUUCGCUGAGCGCACGUGUCCGAUAGGCGUGGAGGCGCUGCUGCUGCAGGCCAUCGCCGGAACCAACGUUCGCGAGGACCUCGUCAGGGAGUUCGCCUGGUGGAUACCGGAAUUCAGGGAUACUCUGGCGUCGUACGCCAAGCGGCUCUCCUGGCUGGGAUCCAAAACGGCCUCGGAAUUGGAGAGCGUCAUUAAUGGCCUGAAAGUUGAGAUAAUGUUCUCCGACGCUCUACUUGGAAUCGGCGAGGACCUGACCGAAGUGGAAUGCGGCUAUGACAGGAAUCUCUACAGGCACCACCCUAUGCAUCAGUACACGGAGGCCUACAAAGCACGACUGGACAAGUACUAUCUCAGCGGCAAUUCGACUCCUUCCUUUCGAAAGUAUCCUCCUGCCAGCAGCUUUGAAUACAGCAUUGUUUACGACGAAUACUCAAACGUUAUCUUCAUUCCGCUCAGCUACUUCGGACUCGCCUUUCAAGCCACUCCGCUGUUACGAAAGUUUUAUGUGGUGAAGAUAUUACCCGACCUUGUUCGGACCACCGCGAGGAUUCUGGCCAAUGCUCAGGAUCCAAACAGGACGGCCAUGUUCAAUGCAAAACGACACUGCGCCUUGGGUGCAUACAUAGCGCAUCCCAUCCCUAUCCUUUUCGAGAGAAUGGAAGGAAUGAAUCAUUGGAUGUAUGAAGACAUCAUGGCCGACCAUCUGGCACUGGCCCCUUAUCUGCAGCUUUUCCUUAACCUGAGCCAAAGCGCUGCCACUGACCCCUACCUCGUCGCGCGUGGAUUCGCCCCUUACGUUGCCGAGCACGUGGCAUUCUUCUUCUACGCUGAGUCAUCCUGCGAACCGUACACCAACCACGCCGGAAAGCCCAGAAGCGCAGCCCUUCCUUCCCAAACCAGUUCAAGAAAGUCUGGAACUGGUCCUGUACAAGUCAUAUCUUUACUCAUCCCUUACGACCUGACAAUGGGUCAACAGUAUAGGCAAAAGUCAUUUGUGAACCACCGCCGCGCCAAAACUAUCGUGCCAUGGAAGCGAGGCAAGGAAGAAGAGGAAGACAGCUCGCUCCAUCUCUCAGACGAAGCCAGCAAUCAUGGACGAGGAGCUCUCGGAACUUGAAAGCGGCGCGGUGAUGAGAGACCAUGUCCUGGAUAUGAUGAACGUUUGCUAUCUCGACCUGCUGGACCAGUCGCUGCUCAAAGGCGAACAGCAGCAGGUGGCCAUGGACACUGGCGCUGAGUGGUUGCCUGACACCACCACGCUGCUGCCGAUGGCAUCGGAAGGGAGCCUACCUCCGCGACGAAAACCCUGCCACACUGCGCUUCCCGGUGAAAAUCAGCGACUGACCGAUAAACAAGGCGACAGUGCGGUCACGCCGAGCAAGUCCGGCGAGUUGAAGGCCAAGGACGGAUGGCGAUCCUUCCUGAGCAAGGCUCCCCGGCCUGUGGCCCUCAUCUACAUCGUGCUGGCUGUAGCCAUCGCGAUCCUGUUCGCGUACGCGAUCAUUACCACCGCCCGCCUUUCUCCCGAUCGUGCCCGGCAGGGCCUGGUGCAGUCAUCUAACAACACGGAUGCCGCUUCGGGCUAAAGAAUGCGCACCAAUGCGCAUGAAAAAUUUCAUUUCUUUUCGAAAUACACUUUGUAGAGAUGAAUGUGAUCGAAGACGCAUCCAUGUCGUGUUCCGAAUAAGGAUAGCACUUGACUCGAAGAUGCUGUAACCAAUCAGGAUUUAUCUGAUGGCGUUCACAGCGAAGGAUAUAUUAAGUGUCGGAUUACAGAACUUGGAGUAUUUGCUUACAAUAUUGUGCUUUUCUUAGGAACAGUGGAAGUUGUUUUGGAUUGGAAUGUUUGAAUGUUUACCUUGCCUUCAUUCUUCGCUUUUCUUACCUGUAACAAUUAUUCGCCGUAAGAACAUGAUAGCUUUCGCGGGAGAAUAUUCUCAUAUGUUGGGUGGACUGUAAUACUUAUUAAGGUUUAUUAUUUGCUGGGCCAUUCAAACGUGUCCAGUGUUAUUUACUUUUAGAGGCGAGCAAGAAGAGAUUCGCCACUACGGAUGUUGAUGCAGGUAGUGCAACCUGUGAACCGCCAUCCCAAAAUGUUUAGUUAACAACGCUAAUCCCGGUAAUUAGUGCUGUUCUUGUAAACUCUACAAUAAUAGAUACUUUUGCAACGAAGCAUUUGAAGACUUAUGAUUACACACAAUCAAAAAGGAAAUGAAACAUGUAAAAACACUAACAGCUUUGCUACAGAGAGUAGCUGAGCCUUUCUGGAGUCGACGACCUAAUAUCACCUGCUGCCUACGGCACACAAUCACCACAAUUAUUUAAAACAUUCACCGCCAAUCCACUACGGUGAAGGUGGUUUGUCAGCGAAUCUGUAGAUAUGUUGCGCCUAAUGUAGGGCAACUUCUCAAAUACUGAUCCCAUGAUGUGCUCCCAUUACGCACAUUGCUCUUCAAAGUGAUAUAUGACACAAACGCUGAUUUCAAUGCAGUUUACAAAGCCUUUUUUAUUUAUUACUUUGAAGUUGCUGCUAUAGCUGCUUUGUGGCCGCUAUGAUACAUACACCUGUAUUGCGUUGUUAUUUGGGAAAUUAUCUUGCCUAGAAUUAAAUCGUCAUGACCCAUG